UAUGAAUGAGAUUCUUGAUCCGGAUUGAUCCAAGCGCAUCUUCUUUGUUGAAAAGAAUGAGUGAGUCCGUCAUUUAUAAUAUGCCCGAGAGCCGGGGGGCGCCGAGGAAAUUUCUUAGCGGCGGACCUUCCCGAAGCUUGGACAGACUUGAAAUUUCGGUGGAAAGGUAGGGGGCGUGACGUCACAAAGUGUCGGCCAGCGCGGGGAGGGACCUGCGUUGGUAAAGCAGCCGGACGCGACGUGUUCUCCAAACUGGAUUGGAAUUAUAAGCGUCGAGUCCGCUACGUGGACCUCACUCCUGCGGCACCGUGCUGCUUUCUGCUUCACUCUCCUCCUUCGGCUGACAGACGGAGCCAUUCCUACUCGGCCGGCCGGAAUUCUGGCUUCCGCGUAGAUUCUGCGCCGGAGAACCGCCCUCGUCAUGGACGGGGAGCUCCACCCCUUGAAACGCUACCAUAAGCUCUCCUCUUCUGAGGCCUCCGACGGCAGCCCCAUUGCCGCCGUUCAGGCUUGCCUUCUUCGCAGAUGGUUCAUCGUUGCGGGGCUACUAGUUCUCCAAUUCGCGCUCCUAACACUCUUCGGCUGCUUCUCCUCUCCCGUGCCGGCGAUUCUCCAUGCGUCGCCCUUGACUCCAGGUGGAAUUCCGGUGCUCCUGGAGACGCCUGCCACGAAUUCUACCUCUUCUUCGUUGACGACGACCGGGACGGAGUUGGCGAAGGUUUCUUCUGCGCCUUCUCCUAAAUUGUGCCUUUCUGCAGGUAGGGUUUACGUGUACGACUUGCCGCCGGUUUUCAACAAGGAGUUGGUUGAGAAUUGUGACGAUCUGAGCCCCUGGGGUUCCCGCUGCACUAUGCUCGAGAACGGUGGAUUCGGACGGAAAGCGAACCUCUCCGGCGGUACCGUGCCCGAGGAUCUUUUCGGUGCCUGGUUCGCCACCGAUCAGUUCGCCGCGGAGCUCAUAUACCACAACCGGAUGCUCCAGCACCCCUGCCGGACUAUGGAUCCUGCCACGGCCACGGCGUUCUUUGUUCCGUUUUAUGGAGGGUUGGCUGUCGGCAAGUACCUGUGGAAGGCGGGCUCAGGGGAACGUGACCGGCACUGCCAGAUGCUGCUGGAGUGGCUCCGUGAGCAGGAGUGGUGGCGGAGGAGCGCCGGACUGGAUCAUUUUUUGAUGCUGGGCCGGAUAACGUGGGAUUUCCGGCGAUCGAAGGACGAGGAUUGGGGAGGGAGCUUCCUUUACAUGCCCGGGAUGGAGAACGUCACCCGGCUCCUUAUCGAGCGAAACCCUUGGGAUGAAAUGGACGUCGCCGUGCCUUACCCAACGUCCUUCCACCCGCGGCAGGACGCCGACGUCGAGCAGUGGCGCUCCCACGUUCGGACCAUCGCCCGCCCGACGCUAUUCUCCUUCGCCGGAGCGACGCGGUCGGCAUUCCGGGACGAUUUUCGGGCGGUGCUUCUCCGGCAAUGUCAGGAGGCCGGCAACAAAUGCCGUUCUGUCGACUGCCGCAUCUCGCACUGUGCAAACGAUACGUCGGCGACGCUGAGCCUCUUCAUGGCGUCCCAAUUCUGCCUGCAGCCUCGAGGCGACAGCUUCACCCGGCGGUCCAUAUUCGACUGUAUGGUGGCGGGAGCGAUUCCGGUUUUCUUCUGGCGGAGGACCGCCUACUUCCAGUACGCAUGGCACCUCCCGCGGGACCCGGAGUCUUACUCGGUCUUCAUCGACCGGCGCGACGUCAAAAACGGCACGUCCAUCGAACGUGUUCUGAACAGUCUGUCCCAGGAGAAGGUCCGGGCUAUGAGGGAGACGAUCCUGGGAACCCUUCCUCGGCUCAUCUACGCCGCUUCCGGCGACGUGCUCAACCGGUCGAUGGACGCUUUCGACGUCGCUCUCGACGGUGUGCUCAGGCGAUUUCACCAACGGAAAACGGUCAGCAUCAACCGGUAAUUAAAAAAAGAAGAGAUAAAAGAAGACUGUUCCACUUCUACUCGCUCCUUCUCUACCCAAAUAUACUUUUUCCACAUAUUUGCAUAUACAUGGUAUACAUAGUAGAGUGAGGGCCUUGGGAGCAGGGGAGGCCGGAGGGUGCCGCUUCAGGCGACGGGAAAUUAUUUCGUUCUUAUUUUAAUAUUUUUUAUCCUACUUUCUUGGUCCCCUCCCAAGAUGCGGAAUUGCAGAUAAACGUAUACAAGCUGAGAGGCAGAGAUUUCUUUGUGCUCUAUCACCCUGUGGAUGAGAUAAACGUGUACUGUUUUUCCUUUUUUCUCAAGUUCGGAAGUUCUUUGUCUAUAUGUUGGAAAAUAAAUGAAUAAAAUUAUAGCAGUUGUUCAA